AUGCCGGUGCUGGUGCAGGUGCCGGUGCUGGUGCCGGUGCUGGUGCAGGUGCCGGUGCUGGUGCUGGUGCGGGGGCGAGGGCAGCACGGGUCGGCAGCCGGGUUUGACCGCCGGGGAACUCAGAUUGGGGAAGCGAUUGGAGAGGAAAAGUGUGAGGGGUACGGUCAUGCAGCCCCCAGCACGGACGGCGGGAAGGUCUUCUGCAUGGUGUACGCCCUGCUGGGGAUCCCCCUCACCCUCGUCAUGUUCCAGAGCCUGGGCGAGCGGAUCAACACCUUCGUCAAAUACCUCCUCCACCGCAUCAAGAAGUGCCUUGGCAUGAGACGGGCUGAGGUCUCCAUGGCCAACAUGGUCACCAUUGGGUUCUUCUCUUGCAUCAGCACCCUGUGCAUCGGGGCAGCCGCGUUCUCCUACUAUGAGCACUGGAGUUUCUUCCACGCCUAUUACUAUUGCUUCAUCACCCUCACCACCAUCGGCUUCGGGGAUUACGUGGCCCUGCAGAAGGACGAGCUCCGGGACAUGUUGGGGAAGGUGGCAGAGGAGCCGGGCAGCGAGACCAACCGCAUUUGCCGGCGCGGUUUCCGCACCCAGGGAGACGUCGCUCGCAGCACGAUUCCUGGCAUUGCUCCGGCCGGGAGCGAUGACGCGGCCAGCGCCAGCGCCGUCGGGCGGCAGCGGCGGGGGAGAGCGGGGCGACACGGGGACAUCGUGGGGACAGUGGGAUACGGGGACAUCGAGGGGGUAUGGGACACCUUGGGGACUGGGAGGCAUGGGGACACGGGGACAUCGAGGGGAUAG